AUGAUACUACCAGCGGAGGAAGAUGAGCUUCCAGAGCUCAGUGAUUCUAUUCUCAGAACAAUGAAUCGUCAAGGACGCGCGGGGACUUUGAUCCUCCCUGCUGAUUCGAAAUUGGUCAGCUCUUUCAGCAAAGCUCACGGCCUUUCCAACUCCAUGGAAAAAGCAGAAGUCUUGAAAAGGGGAGGAUGUCGUUGGAAAGAAGAUGUUGGCCCUGAUAUGGAUUUCAGUGAUCGUCGACUCGCCACGCCUACCCGCCAGUCAUCUAGUCGCGUCGCUGAAUUCGCGAAGACCCUUCCUGGAUCUACCUAA